GGUCCAUUUCUGGGUUCUCUAUUCUGUUCCAUUGAUCUGAGUGUCUGUUCUUGUGCCAUCUACCUCAAAUUUAAAUUAGUAGGACUGAGAGACCAGAGUACACAAGUAUAUAGUUUAUGUGUUAUCCUAGCCAACAGCUUCAAUGCACAUCUCAAUAAAAGAAAUUUGGAGAUUCUCAAAGGACUCCACAGUUUUCCAUUGCAGACAUCAAUGACCUAAUAUAGUCCUGUUUGCCCCAAACCUAAGAAAACCUGGAGAAUUUUUACAGGUAAUCUAAUUUAGGGAUGGAGACACAUAAUGAUUUAAAAAGUUGAUAUUAAGAAUUAAUGUAAUGGCUCUUAGAUCUUGUAGCUAGUACUCUACACAGUGACACUGAUGAUUACAUGAUGGCUCCUUGAGAUAUUCCAUGGUCAUGCUCACAGUUAAAUAAGAAUUUGGAUAAGACACAAAAACAGGAAAAAAUUUGUUUUUAUCAACAGAAUGCCCUUGUGUACAAAAAUCUUAUGUGGGACAGAUGCAAGUGUGAUGUUCCAGUUAAGAGGAGGGAGAAGGCAAGAGACUACUGCUAUGCCUACCUAGCUCCUGGCCCUUUCCUUCUCCUGACACAGAUGAGCACCUGUGGCAGCCCUCUGGAACCCUGGAGUUCCAUAGAACACAUUUUGAAAACUAUCCAUUCAGACUGUUACAUGUUUUUUUCUGCUGGUAACCCUGUAUAUAGACUUAUCUCCUUCAAUCCAUCCAUUUUGAGGAUUACUGCCAGAAUGAUCUUCCUAAAAUAUCAAGUCACUCCCCUACUGAAAAAACCAUUUUUAAGGAUUUCUUAGUAAGGCAUUUAAGAUAAUCCAUAAUGUAGCUUCAAUAUACCUUGUCAGAGGUAACGUUUGUCCUCUAAUGUUAUUCUGGACUGCUUAGUAUUCCCUGAACAUGCAUUACUUUUCCUAACUCCCCAUUUUUCUAAUGUUGUUGAAACCCAACAAGUCCAAAAAUUAACUCAUUGUCUGUCUCUCCAAUCCAAACCAACUUCUCCUGAUUUCCCAACACUGUUAAUAGCACCACAAUCCCACUGAAAUCCUCAUUCAUCCAUUAUGUUCUAUCACAAAUGCCAUUCCUUUUAGGAAGCCAUUCUUCAUUCCAGGUUGGAAUUUAUCCCUUUUUCUGAAACUUAGUAACAUUUUAUCUCUAAUGACUGCCAGAACCUAACUCCAUUUUAUGUAUAAACAUGAAGCAUUUUUGGAUGGUUUUAAUACAGCCUAAAUUGUCUAGCAAUGCAACUACUAUAUAAAUGAAGAGAAGAUGAUUCUUUGUUAUGUUGAGAGCCAAGACUCUUUUGCCAUUAUUGAUGCAACCUGUAUCCUUCUGCAUUUUUAGGCCUUACAUUCAUGGUGACUCUACAAAUAUAUCUGACUACAAUAAUAUUAUGUUUUCUAGAAUGACUGUGCUGGUAUAUUUACAUAUUGAAAGACAAAUUAUUUUGUUAUUUUUUUAUCUUUAUAUGACAGUUGGGGCUUUAUUAAAAAAAACUCACAUGUGUGGAUAGGUUAUAUUUAAUUCAUGAUGAUAAAAGAGGUAUUACAAAAUAUUUUUUCUAAAAGGGGGACACUUCUUUCUGAGUCAUUGACUGUGUGCAUCAGAGUGGUCUGAGCUGGGGGUCUUUCACCAAGAUGCUCCAAAGCCUUUUUAAAAAUGUUUGGGUCCCCUACUAUACCCAAGUGUACCAGGAGAUUUGGGUAGGAAUGGAGUUGAUGGGCUUCAUUGUUUAUAAAAUCGGGAAUGAUUAUAAAAGAAAUAAAGCUUUGAAAACUUUGAGUCCUGCACUUGCUUGUGGUCAUCAUUAACCAGUUUUACUUGGAAUACACAUCAGCUGGAACGUCAGUCUGUCUAUAAAUCUCAGUAAGUUAGUUCUGUGCUCUGUUGGAUAGAAACGUGAAACAUCACUGUACACUUGUAGACAUGUUGUUUCCUUUGUGGCAUGAAUAGAUGUAACUGUGAGAUGCAAAAAAUUAAAAAUAAAAAAUAAAAAUAAAAGGAAGACACUUGGCCUUGAUAGAUUAGGUUGAGAAUCUUUCUAAGUUUACUGUACUACAAGAGAACAGCCACAGCCUAAAUAAGAUAAUGUUUAUGAAAAUCAUUGUAUAGUACUUGUAUAGUUCUAGACACAAAGUUGAGGUCUAGCAAAUGUUUA